ACGAUGUUCUAGUAUGGAGCAUUAAAACACAGAGGAAUAAAUGGAGUUUUAUCUGGAAAUAGACCCUGUAACUUUGAACCUGAUUAUACUUGUGGCUAGUUAUGUGAUUCUAUUAUUGCUUUUCCUUAUUUCAUGCGUUUUGUAUGACUGCAGAGGUAAAGAUCCCAGUGAGGAAUAUGGUCCUGAGAUGGAUCAACCCAUCCAGUCUCCAAUCCAGUUGGUAGUGAUGCAAAACACAGUGGAUGCUCGCUGCAUUAAUAACAAACCCAUCAUCACAGAGAAUAAGGGUGAGCUACCAGGAUCACGAAGCACUUUGGUCUAGAAGAGACCAGUAGGAAGACUCAAAUGGCAGUCACCACUCUGCAUGGUAGUUUAAUGAUGAUCGUUUUCACUUUAACUGCACAUGGAUGUCCAGGUACAGAUACUUUUCUGCAGUUACGGAGUGAAAAAGCCAAUGGCGUUAGAGUCUAAAAAAUACGGAUUAGCAUGGGAACGGUUGCAAAAGUCCAGAAUGAUAAUUGGUGACAAGAAGUAUUUAAGUUCCAGUCCAUGCCCGCCGGCCCCAGAGUACGAGCCCAUGCUGCCUCCACUCAGCACUCGCUCCACCACCACUCUGCGAGUCGGUCCGUUGGCUACUCCUGCUCCAUGACUCGGCCUGCGCUCGCUGUGCUGCGGGAUCAGCCCAAGCUCACUCUGCCGUGGGAUCUGGCCCACAAUCACUCUGCGGCGAGACUCGGCCCGUGCUCAGUCCGCUCCUCAACUCCAGUCUCCAGGUACAGCAGAAGGGCGCAGAGGGAAGGAAAAAAAAGCUAUGAAGAAAAGAAGAAAAAAAGAAAAGGGAAAGGGACUGGUACCUUGAAGAAUGUGCUUAAUAUUUUUGAGGAAAGAAUGGAUGAUACUGAAACAAUGUCCUUCCUGCCUUUAUCUUCUGCUACUUCAAUGAUUCUUGCUGAGCAAAAAAUCUCAUGUGCUCCCAAGACAUGGACAAAUGUUGACAGUGGCAGUGCCAAUGCUGGUUUAUAUAUCAAUUGUAAGAAGCCAAGCCAGCAACAACUGGACAGGAUCAAGGCCCACCCAUUACAAUUGGUCAACAGGUUAUAAAGGACUUCGAUCACUUUCCCUAUCUAGGACUAGAAAUUGCAACCUAAACCAGCAAGAUAUGGAAGAGAACAGCAAAGGUGCCAUGUACGUUAGACAUCUUGCAUCAUCACUGCCCAUUGAGGGAUGCCAAGCAUCACAUGACAUGCUAAUGAAGUCUGGUGAGAGGUCCCUGCAGGACUUUGUGAUGGAGAGAUGACUGAGCCUGACAGAACAUGUAUUUCACCUCCCAGAAACAUACCCUGACACAGUGCCAGUAGAAAGGACACCAACAGUUGGAAAAAGAAAACAGGGCCUGCCAAAGGAGACUAGCAAGUUCAUUUAAUGAGGACCUUCAAGACCAGAACAUCUGGGCCAGGGUUUGCAAUGGAUAGGGUCUUGCUGCCCACCCACGUCCCACAUAAGAUCAAAGGUAGUAAAUCUAAGCUGAUGAUAAAAUUCAGCCUCACCCCUCAUGAAUCUUCCAAAGUGAUCUCACUUCAUAUGCCAUUCUUUGUGACAACAGGAAGCUAUGUUUGAGGAUUUGUAAAACAGGAAAUCAGAUUUAUGAACCGCUAACCUUUUAACUAAACACCAUCUGAAGAAAAAAUCCACUUGAUGGGUAGCUGCGUAAGACCAAUUGUCACGUGUAAUAUCACAAUAGAAAAUGCUGGAAAUACUCAGCAGGUCUCGCAGCAUUCAUAGAGAGAAAGAUAGUUAACACUUCAGGUUAAUGUCCUUUCAAUUCCUUCUGCAGUUUUCUUCGGUUUUUGAAACUUUAGAGUUUGUAAACAAUAUUGGAUAAAAUAUGAAACAAAAACACAAAUUACUGGAGAUACUUAGCAGGUAGUAGCAUUUAUGCAGAGACAUAUAGUUAAUGUUUUGAAUCCAGUGAUCUUUCUUCAGAACUCUGAUUUAGUUUUCAUUGGACAACGUGUUGGUUUAGAUUUCCAUAAGUUGCUUUUUCUUGCAGAAAGACAGCACGGGCACAAUGGGUCAAAUAGCUUCCUCCUGUGCUGCAACCAUUCCAUGACAGGGCUUCCCAAAGUGGAGAUUGGGACCCUAAGUUGCAAGCAGACAUUUUGUGUUGUAAGCUCCAAGCCAGCAUGGAGCUCUGACUGAGUUACAAAGCUCCUGAUAUAAUAAACAGCUUCAUUCAGAAUCUACCCAUCAACUCUUCCAAGUCUCAUCCUCACUCGGGGAUCUUGACAAUUUUCAAGUCUUAAAGUAGGAACACAGUGGGAAAAUUUUGGCAAGUACUGUUAAAAGAAGUUUGACUCUAACUGGAAUCUGGUUGCACUGAAUUCCUGGAAUUUUUGGAGAUUUCCUGGUUGGUGUUGUAAGGGAUUACUUUCUCAUUCUCCUUUUAUAAGGCCCAGGAACAGAGACAUCUUGUUAUCUCAGAUUCUCUAGCAUCUGCAGUUCCUACUAUCUCAGGAACAGAAAGGUAUCUCUUCCUUCACUGAUUCAGGAAUGAGUGCUGAUACACCAAGUAAGGUGAGAUGUACUGAUCUCCACAAGAGCAAGAAGAAGCCUAUUUGGGGGCAUAGGAAAUGUCUAGUGACAGGAGUGCUCUGGACAAUAAGAACUUUUGAUAAUCUUUCUUUUCCUUUAGAUCUCAGCCAGGUCCCAGAGAGCCAAAGGGACAAUUCUAGAGUCUUCACUUCUCCGAUGGUAAGCACGUGAGGGGUUUAUCCAACCUGUACCUGUGUCACCCAUAUAUCCACCAGCUCUAUGCCAACUGAGCACUUUCCCAGUAAAAAGUCACAAACUCUGUUUGGAGUCAAUGGGCAUGAUUCCACAUUCUUCAUUUAUUCAAUGAUACCAUAAUUAUUUUGUCAGAAUCCUCCACAGCUCAUGAACGGGGAUUACAAAUGAUUGUAGAAAACACCAAUGUAUUAUAUUCUGUGAUAUAUAGUUCAAAUAUUAUUGGAAGAAAGGAAAAUUGGAUAAAUGGCACCUUUCACCAUCGCAGGAGGUCCAAAAUAGCUUUGGAGCAAAUUACAUGCUAUUGAAGCCUAGUUACAUUGUUAUGACACAGGAAAAGUGGUAGCCAAUAUCACAACAAAGUCCAAAGAACAGCAACAAGAUGAGUCACCUGCUUUUGGUCAUAUUGGCUGAAGGAUAAAUGUUAAUCAGGACUGAAAGAAUGCCACUACUCGAUGUGUUGUGGGAGUUUUUAAAAAUGUUACCUGUUACUUGUCUUUCUGAUCCAACAUCAAACUGAGACUGUUCUGACAAAGGGUCACUUGCCCCAAAAUGUUAACUGUGCUUUCUCUCAACAGAUGUUGCCAGACCUGUUGAGUUCUCUGGAAGUAUUUGUUUUUGUUUCAAAUUGAGACUGUCUUGUAGUGAUACUAUAU